AUGAACAAUUGGGAGACCAAGUUCCUUGCAACAUUUGAUGCAAUCCCCACGGCUUUCUGGAACCGAAUAGAAUCCCAAAUGAAACUGACGGAGCUACCUCCAUCUCCUGCCAUGCAGCCUCCUGCUGAGACCAUCCUUGCCUCUGGACCAGAGAACAAUAUGGCUCAAAGCCCUUACCCUCCAGCAUCUCCUGACAUGCGUAUGAGCAACCGUGAAGCCCUGGCUACUCAUACUUCUUCUGAGCUGGGUGCCCAACUAGAGGUAUUCCUCCAUAGCCGUCCAUAUAGCCUGGGGGACAACCGACUCCCAGAGAUCCUACGGUCCCACAAUUCUAAUGAGGGGAUGAAUGGACACAAGGCAGAGGCGCACAUUAAUGCCUCGGGCCGAAGACGCACGGUUAUAGGGCAGAGUGGAACUACACGCAGUCAACAGCAAGCUGUGUCACUCAAGCUACAACACUCUGAAGCACUGGGCUCAACGUAG